AUGUCAUCGUCCGGUGCAAGAGGUCUACAGCCCCUUCUGCCUUUCUAUCGAAUUUGCAGCACCCGCAAUGAUCUUUGGAAACUCAGUCGCUACAAUCGACACGUCAGUUGUACACUUUCGUGCGAGGGCUUGAACGUCGACGGCGAUAGGAAGCGCGUGUUUCUGUGCAUGAGCCACACUUCAAAACCAGAGGCACACGACCAGUGCAAGGUAACUCUACGUAUUAAUCGUGUGCCGUAUUUUGGCGUACCUCUGGAGAUACUUGAUAUCAGCAGGUACGUCGCUCUCAGGAGUAAUCAUUUCUCUGUCGUGGGCUUGGAUAUUCUUGACGACUUCAGUGUCGCCAUUCACGUCGUAGAAAAGGUACCGAAGGACGAGUUACUGCGCUCUGUCGCCGAAGGCCACAACUGCAUCCACGACGUGGCCACCACGAAAAGACUGGCUCAUGACCUGCUGACGAGUGGAAACUGCGAAGAUGUCAUCGUGGAUUUCCUGACGGUGUCCCUCAACUGCCCUCUGAAGAAGACAAGACUCCAAGUGCCGUGCCGCGGCGUGGACUGUCGUCAUGUCCAGUGCUUCGAUGCUCUGGCGUACCUUGAGCUGAACGAGAGCACUCUUCGUCCCUUCUGGCGCUGUCCGGUGUGCGACCAGAGCGUAAAGGUGAAAGAGCUGCGCAUAGAUCUGUUCACGCUGGAGAUGCUAGACGCUUUGCCUGAGAAAUCUGGCCUGGUGCAAAUAUCUCCAGAAGGAAAAUGGACUCCAGUCGAACCCGGAUUUGAGUCAAAAAGCAAGGGGGCGCUGCUCGCCGAUGGAAGAUACGUGAUUGACUUAACGGGAGAUACCUCAUCUGACGAAGAAGCCUGA